AUGGCGGACGACUUUGACUAUGACGACGGGGUGCUGGAUUUUGAUGAUGGCUGGCUGUAUGUCGAGGAUGAAUUCGAUCUGGCGGACGAGCUCGCCGAGGGCCAAGUACCCGACCCUGGCUACAGCGGUACCAACAACGAAAUUGACAUGGAUGGAUACGAGUUCGACUUGUUUGGGUACUGGGACGACCUGGACUACGGAGACGACUCAUACUGGGAUUACGGCAUACCCGACUCGAAAAGCAAUGCUUCAGACAAUGCAGGACAGAAAAGGAAACGUGGAGUUGGCAAACCAAAUGGCUCCCCUGCCAAGAGAAGGAAGACCAACGAAGGAGGUGAAACAUUGGCUGGAGAGUCCGAGCCACUCGUCUUUCGAAGUCAAAACGACAGAUAUCAAGCGUACAAGCAGGAUGCGCCAUUGGUGAAGGCGAAGGCCGCGUUUUCUUUCUUACCAGAUUGGCGAGAGCGUUUUGCGGAUGAGGAAGGCCCUGUACUGGUUACGAAGAUGCCACCGGAUAUGCGCAAAGCUGCAGAGGGUCACGAUGUGACACCGCCCAAGGCACGGCAGCUAGGCGAGGAAGCGUAUGAAGAGGGCGAUGAUGAGGAGGAUGACUGGGAAGACGAGAUGGAGGAGGACGAAGAGGGUGGCAUUGCACUCGAUCCAGAGAUGCUGAAGUCAAUCUUGCGGGAGAAGCUUGGGGCGGCGGGGCUUGAUGGCAUGGACGAAGCUGCCUUUAUGCAGACUCUACAGAAGAUGCUAUCCGGCGAGGGCGGGGAGGAUGAGGCGGCCGGAGAUCUUGCCAACGCGCUUCUCGGCAAGCUGACGUCUGGUUCUGGCGAUGAAGCUCUGUCAGGCUGGCUCUCUGGGCAAGGCGUUGCGCUCGAAGACGACGAUGCAUCGAGCGUAGCCACCGGUGAGGUUGCAGAAGCUGGAGGUAGUGCCGGCGCCUCUCGGAAUGCCACGCAGACUUCGCCGCCGGAUAGCGCUGUCGAAAUGAAGAAGAAAGAAGCAGGCAGCACGCAAAUGCCUCUGCAUUCUGGAUCUCCGACCAAGUCUACCAAGAAGAGAGCAGCAACGGUGGAGGACGAUCAGCCAACGAAGAAGCACAAGAAAGUCCAGUUCGAUGUGCCGCCAUCAUCGGAGAGCAACCCCACCGCUCCAGAAGAUGUACCAGGCCCUCCAACAAGCGAAGACCCACACAUGUCAGAGCCCACUGUGGCGAGCACGCGAGCAGCCAAUGCCGCUGCGGUAGAUGUGAACAAGUCAGCCUCGAACGAAGCAGAGGAAGAGGAUGGCGUCAAGCAGAAAGGUGGUCGAAAGCGCAAAGCGUCUUCUGCAAAUGAAAAGCCAGUUGGCAAAAAGACCAAAACGAGGGAGUUGCAGGAUCUUGGACCGCUACCAGAGGCCCCGUCGCCGGCGCCGCCUGCUAAGCGGACCAGAAGUGCGAGAUCAAAGGCAGGAAAGUGA